GACAGGCUCAAACACAAACUAGAAGAUAGGUUAUAGGUUCUUAGUGAGUAAACCCGUACGAUGUCGCAGGAGGAUAGUUUCCAGAAGAGCGCAGCCAAGUGCCGCAAAGAAUUUGACAUUAUUUACGAGCAGCUUCCAGUGCUGCUAGAGAAGAUGGACAUUCUAUUUCCUACGGGGAAGAAGACCGAAAGCUCCGAGCCGGAGAACAAAUCUGAAACAAAGAAGGUGGUCGCCCCGCUGCCAGCCGUGACGCCGGAGGAAAUAGGGGAGGGCUACAAGGAUCUGGAGGAGAGCAUCAAGGGAUUCAUCAAGGAGCUGGACGAGGCUGCGAAGGAGACUGAAGCCACGAGCCAGCCGGAAACGCCACCUUCAUCAGUGGAAGACGAGUCAUAAUCAAGAGCUGCAGCAGCACAAGGAGGCGGCCUGGAUCUGCAGGAGGAUCAUAAUUUCUUUCGUUCAUGUUUCUCAGUUUUUGGUUAAUCAUCUGGAUGUUGGAUAACAGUUUAGCUGUUCUCUCGUAUGUUGUGAUUCCAAAUCGGGCAACUACUAGCGUGUGUUCGUAGCUCUC